CAGGCGCAAUCCCGGGCGCCUUCCUGGGGGCGGCGGCGGCAGCCCGGCGGGGUGGGGCUCGCCGUCAUCCAUUUACCAGCCUCGCCCCUCCGGCAGGCGCACGUUAAUGAGAUUAGCAAUUAAAAAGCGAGUGAGCAGCCGGGGCUGAGGCGCGGGGCCACCCCCAGGCCGAGCGGGCGGGUCGUCCGGCUGCGGCGCUCCGAAGCAGCCCCGCGCGGCGCCCGAGGGGGAGCCGGCUUCCAGCUCGCGGCCAUGGAGAAGUCGCGGCCGCUGUGGGCCAACCCGCUGCAGUUCGUCUUCGCCUGCAUCUCCUACGCCGUGGGCCUGGGCAACGUGUGGCGCUUCCCCUACCUGUGCCAGAUGUACGGCGGAGGCAGCUUCCUGGUUCCCUACCUCAUCAUGCUCAUUGUGGAGGGCAUGCCUCUCCUGUACCUGGAACUGGCUGUGGGGCAGCGCAUGCGGCAGGGAAGCAUCGGUGCCUGGAAGACCAUCAGCCCCUACCUUGGUGGUGUCGGCCUGGCCAGCGUGGUGGUGUCCUUCUUCCUGUCCAUGUACUACAACAUCAUCAACGCCUGGGCCUUCUGGUAUCUCUUCCACUCCUUCCAGGAUCCCCUGCCGUGGUCCGUGUGCCCACUGAACGACAACCACACGGGCUACAACGAGGAGUGUGAGAAGGCGUCCUCUACCCAGUACUUCUGGUACAGGAAAACCCUCAACAUCUCCCCGUCCAUCCAGGACAGCGGGCGCGUGCAGUGGGAGCCGGCGCUCUGCCUUGUCCUGGCCUGGCUGGUGGUGUACCUGUGCGUCCUGAGGGGCACCCAGUCCACUGGCAAGGUGGUAUACUUCACCGCGUUGCUGCCUUACUGUGUGCUCAUCAUCUACCUGGUCCGGGGCCUCACUCUCCACGGAGCCACUAACGGCCUAGCCUACAUGUUCACGCCCAAGCUGGAGCAGCUGGCCAACCCCAAGGCCUGGAUCAACGCGGCCACCCAGAUCUUCUUCUCCCUGGGCCUGGGCUUCGGCAGCCUGAUCGCCUUCGCCAGCUACAACGAGCCGUCCAACAACUGCCAGAAGCACGCCGUUAUCGUGUCCCUCAUCAACAGCUCCACCUCCAUCUUUGCCAGCAUAGUGACCUUCUCCAUCUACGGCUUCAAGGCCACCUUCAACUACGAGAGCUGCUUGAACAAGGUGAUUCUGCUGCUGACCAAUUCCUUUGACCUGGAGGAUGGCUUUCUGACCGCCAGCAACCUGGAGCAGGUGAAGGGCUACCUGGCGUCCACCUUCCCCGGCAAAUACAGCGAGGUGCUCCCGCAGAUGAGAAACUGUAGCUUACAAUCAGAGCUGGCCACGGCGGUCCAGGGCACCGGCUUGUCUUUCAUCGUCUACACCGAGGCCAUUAAAAACAUGGAGGUGUCCCAGCUGUGGUCAGUGCUCUACUUCUUCAUGCUGCUGAUGCUGGGCAUUGGGAGCAUGCUGGGGAACACGGCGGCCAUCCUCACGCCUCUGACCGACAGCAAGGUCAUCUCCAGCCACCUGCCCAAGGAGGCCAUCUCCGGUCUGGUGUGCCUCGUCAACUGUGUCAUUGGCCUGGUGUUCACCAUGGAGUCUGGCAACUAUUGGUUUGACAUAUUCAAUGACUACGCGGCCACGCUGUCCCUGCUGCUCAUCGUGCUGGUGGAGACCAUUGCUGUGUGUUACGUGUAUGGGCUGAGGAGAUUUGAAAGUGACCUUGAGGCCAUGACCGGUCGUGGCCUGAACUGGUACUGGAAGGCCAUGUGGGCCGGCGUGAGCCCCCUGCUCAUCGUCAGCCUCUUUGUCUUCUACCUGAGUGACUAUAUCCUCAUGGGGACCCUGCAGUACCAAGCGUGGGACGCCUUCCAGGGACAGCUCGUUACCAAGGACUAUCCCCCAUACGCCUUGGCCGUCAUCGGGCUGCUGGUGGCCUCCUCCAUCAUGUGCAUCCCCCUGGUGGCCCUGGGGACUUUCAUCACACGCUGUCUGAAGAGGGGAGACACGACCCCCGCGGCCUGAGGACUGGGCUUCCCAGAGACCAUGCUCAGCUGCUCCCUGUCCGGCAGCUACGACUUACAGACGGAAUCUCCUUGGCUGCUUGGGACAAUAUUUGCUCCAGAAACACUCAGCCUGUCGUCUUCCUGAGUUCGUCAAGGACAGUGGAGGAAGAAGGUUCCCUUGGGAGGACCCACACCCCACCCACGGAGCAGCCCCUGCUCCCCUCUGUGCCCCUCCCUGUGACCAGAGACACGGGCUUUUCAAGGCCAGUCUGGAAGACAACUGCUUUCUUGACUCUAGGGAAGUCCUAGAAUUAGGCCACACUGUGAGCUGAAAUUUGACUAUAAUUUUCAUGGAAUAAAAUUUAAGCAACUUUUUUUUUUCUUCUGAAGAAAUCCCAAAAUAGGAGAGGGCAGUUGUUUUUUAGAUCAGCUGGAAGAGAGGUUUUCUCCAAGUGCCUAAGAUGACAGCCGAAUGUCACUGGUGGAAAACCAGGUCUCUCUUUUUGAGUCCCUGUGAAUAUGUAACUGCCGGGUCCUUCACUAACACGACCGACUGGCCAGGUGGACGGAGGCCUUUGCUGGGGUCCAAAAGGGGCUCACUUCUGUGAUCUGAGGUCUCUCACGGUGGGUCCAGGCCUGAUCCUCCCAAUUACAGUGCGCAACCCCAAACCACCCGAGAAGUCCAUGCAGACAGCCCCUACCACUGGGUGUUGGAAAAGAUGCCAGAACCACUUGUGGGUGAGGGCACAGCCAACUUGGUGUUCUAUUUGGGCAUGGCGGCCAACUCAUUAGAGCAAAGACCAUGAACGUCACUUACAGUCCAUCUUAAAUUAUUUGUACAUAGGUUUUCUAGAGUGUAGAAAACAGAGCCUCUUGGAACUGAAGACACCAUAUUUAUGAUACAGCAUCAGUCCACAGUGCCAAUGUCCCCUGUCUUUGACCGCAGUAAGUAGGUCAAGGUUAUCCCUAAGCGGAGAGGGCCACUUCCUGCCCUAACAUUCUGUGCUUCCUGGACAUACAGGAUUCAGUGAAGUUUCUUUGGGUAGAUUUGUACAAACAUCUUCGCAGACACUUAAUUGGAGCAUUAGUUGGAGGGGUUUUGUUGGUGGGUUUUUUUUUUUUAACUUCAUUUUCAUGGCUCUAAGUGUCCUAUAUAACAAAAAUAGGUCUUUUGCCUUUUAUAGCCAUCCUAUCAAUAUUUCACAACUUCACCUCAUUAUUUAAAAAAAAAAAAGUCACUUGCCUCUAGAAUGCACCAGCAUUUCCUAACCACAAAUACUCAGUCCUCUAAUUUUUUUCAUCAGAGGGUUUAGGGUCAACAAACCUUACCUACCAGGGCUUGAAGAGUGGGCACGCUCCAUGUCAAAUACACAGCACAGUCUGUUCCUGAAUCCCAACAGAGAGGAGCCCCUCCCUCCAAGCUCACAGGCACAGUCAUGGUCUUGCAACAUGGGCCACCCCUCCUGGGGUCUGGCGUCAGUGGGGUGUGUCAGUCCUAAAUGCCAAGUAGCCUCAGGACCAUGGGGGCCGACGCCGUCCUCAUUCCUGUAUGGAGUUACUGUAUGUCCCUGCCGCUACCCCUGGCCGCCCACCUGAAACACCUGGGAGCCAGGCUUGCCGUCUCCCCGUGCGUACCCAGGCCCCGCUCGGAGCCAGCCCAACCCGAGGACCAGGGCCCCACAAUGGGUCGUGCAUUUAGGAAUACUUACAUCA